AAAAACUAAUCAAAAUUGUGAAUGCAGAAAUUCAUUUAAGUUGAUCGAACGAUAAAUCGUCAUCUCCUCAGCUCCUCCACCUUUCUUCCGUUCCCGCUACUCCUCCAUCCAUUGAGCGAGAGAGAGAAUGAAGAUAGUAAGUUACAACGUGAACGGUUUGAGACCGCGUAUAUCGCAGUUCGGUUCUCUCCGGAAUCUUCUUAAUUCAUUCGACGCCGACAUUCUUUGCUUUCAGGAGACUAAACUCAGGAGGCAAGAACUCACGGCAGAUUUGGUUACGGUCGAUGGUUACGAAUCCUUCUUCUCUUGUACCCGAACUUCUCAGAAAGGACGAACCGCUUAUUCCGGUGUUAUUACAUUUUGUCGUGUAAAGUCUGCUUUUUCGAGUAACGAAGCAGCAUUGCCCUUGGCAGCUGAGGAAGGCUUCACUGGCCUGAUGUCUAACUCUCAAACUAGUCAAGACAAAUUACCAUUCUUCAUGGAACAUCUUGAGGAUUUUUCUAAAGAUGAGCUUCUCAAUGUUGAUAGUGAGGGAAGGUGCAUUGUCACUGAUCAUGGUCACUUUGUUCUUUUCAAUGUUUAUGGGCCUCGAGUGGCAAGAGAUGACACGGAGAGAACUCAGUUUAAGCAAAAGUUUUACAGGAUACUGCAGAAAAGAUUGGAGUCUCUCCUACAUCAAGGGAGGAGAAUAUUUGUUGUUGGGGAUCUCAAUAUUGCACCAUUUGCAAUUGAUCGGUGUGACGCGGGACCUGAUUUUGACAAUAAUGAGUUUAGAAGAUGGUUCAAAUCGAUGUUAAUUGAAAAUGGAGGCCACUUUUCUGAUGUCUUCCGAGCUAAGCAUCCUGAUAAAAGGGAUGCAUACACCUGUUGGUCACAAAGUUCAGGUGCUGAAGUGUUUAACUUUGGGAGUAGAAUCGACCAUAUUCUAUGUGCUGGUUCUUGCUUACAUAUAUCAGGUGACCUGCAAGGCCAUAAUUUUGUAAGAUGCCAUGUUAAAGAAUGUGAAAUUCUAACACAGUACAAACGUUGCAAACCAGAAAGCACACCGAGUGUCCGCAGGUGGAAGGGAGGACAGAGCGUUAAACUUGAAGGAUCUGAUCAUGCUCCAGUUUGUUUGACUUUAAUGGAAAUUCCUGAGGUCCCUCUGCAUAGUACUCCCUCUUUAUCUGCUAGAUAUACUCCCAUGGUUCAUGGCGUACAACAAACUCUAGUGUCGUUUUUGAUGAAAAGACGAGUUUCUGAAUCGUACGAGGUGGCACAUGGAGACAUUUCAAUGGUCAGUACUCGCGAGAGAAUAGAUGAACCAGUUGACAAAAUUGGUUUGUCUACCUCUGAAUGUGAUUUUCUUCCAAACAGAGAUUCAGAAGGUAGCAUUCUGGAACCAAAUGAACUUUCCACAGGUUUUUCUCAGAAGAUUGUCUCUAAAUCAGGAAGUGUAUAUGAAAAAUCAAAAAUUCGGAAAUGCAAUGAAUCCAAGAAAAAAGCUAGAAAUAGUCAAUCGUCCCAGCUCUCACUUAGGUCAUUUUUCCAGAAAAGCACAAAUCUUGACAAUGGUGUCAAAGACUCUUGUAUUGGUUUCUCAAAUAAUCAGGCAGAACCCUCACAUCCCAAUCCUCAAUUAAUUGAAACUUCUAAAGUGUUGGAUCACAGUAGCAACGUUGUGCAAGACGAGGUGAAUGCUGAUGCGUGUUAUCAGGAUUUACCUGAACUAAAUGAUAGUUCUAGAAAGGAAGGAAAAAGUAAUGUAGCUUCAGAAGAGUGGCAAAGAAUACAAAAAUUGAUGCAGAGCAGUAUACCUCUUUGUAAGGGACACAAGGAACCUUGUAUUGCUCGGGUGGUAAAGAAACAAGGAGCUAAUUUCGGUCGCAGAUUCUAUGUUUGUGCUCGUGCUGAGGGCCCUGCAUCUAAUCCUGAAGCAAACUGUAGCUACUUCAAAUGGGCUACUUCAAAGUCUAGGAAUAAAUAACAUAGGCCAAUAACCUUUAAAUCAAGAGAUGAUUCAGAUGCUCGCCUUAUCCAAAUUCUUCUUCUGGUGACAAUAUGGAGCAUCCAAGUUUUGAAUGAUUCUGAAAGUGCAACCUAUUUGAAGGAAAUUCCUAUCAUACCUUUUAUUCAUCAUUUUCGACACAUCGUUGCCUCCUUGAUUCUCUGGAGGAAAGCAUAAGGAAUUGGAUAAAAGAAAAUUUGUUCUAUUGUCAAUGUUCCAUCUCAGCUAACAUGGUUUGGAUCCUACCGCUCUAUCACGCAAAUUGAGGCAACCCGAUAACUGGUGGUGAUUUAUCUACUGAAGAUUCUGGUUAACAUGUCCCUGCACCAUGUUUGUUAUGAAAAGUGCUCUCUCAAGAUAGUGGUGGUUUUACGACAACUUGGGGUGUAAAAGUUCCUCACCCUUUAUUUUCUUAAGGUUAAAGGUUUAAAUGCCAUAAGAUGAAAAUGGUCGUUUGAAGUGGUAGAAUCUUGUUGUUUGCCUGAUUCAUAAGGAGAAGAGUGCAGUCACAUUGACAUAUGACUUUUAGGUGAUGUUAUGCGAUUAAAUUAAGGUAUGAGAAUUGUUAAUUUCAACUAGUAGUAGUGUUGAAGAAGGGGUGGUAUCAGAAGGUCAAUUGAUAGCUCUCUUUGUAAUGUUGCUAAUGUUGCAUCCUUUAACGAUAGAAAAACUAGUCUGUUAAAAAUAUAGCAUGUUCUUUGACCAAAAAAUAGUGUUUUCAUGAGUAAUUUAAUUAGCAUUUUUUGUGUUGUAUAA